GUUUCGGACGUUGUUUCUUCGGCUUUGCUCUCUCUCUCGUUUUUACUUGUAUCCCUUGCUCUCUCCGUCGCUUAAUCGCCGAUCGCAACGGAAUGGAUACUGGCUGCCUUCUAAGCGUCGAGCCUCAGGAGCUUCAAUUUCCAUUUGAAGUGAAGAAGCAGAUCUCUUGUUCCCUACUGCUGUUAAAUAAGAGCGAGAAUUAUGUGGCUUUCAAGGUUAUGACGACGAAUCCGAAAAAGUACUGUGUUAGGCCUAAUGUUGGGGUUGUCUCGCCAAGGUCCACUUGUGAUGUUACAGUUACAAUGCAAGCACAAAAGAAGGCGCCUCCUAAUAUGCAAUGCAAGGACAAGUUUUUAGUUCAGAGUGUAGUUGCAAGCCGUAAAGCUGCCGCAAAGGAUGUCAAUGCAGAGAUGUUCAAUAAAGAGGCAGGGCAUCUUGUUGAAGAGUGCAAAUUGAAGGUUGUUUAUGUUGCUUCUCCUGGACCACCAUCACCAGUUCGAGAAGGGUCAGAGGAAGGUUCUUCACCCAGAGCUUCUGUGUCCGACGAUGGGAGUCUAAGCGCCUCUGUACAAUCCGGCCUGGAGGUUGAUCCGACGAAGGGAUCGAGCGAAUGGCUUUUGACGGCUUUUCCCUCUGGAAUGUCUAGUAAUAUUGGACCAACGCAAUAUAGUUAUGAACAACUAUCAAAAGCAACUGGUCAUUUCUCCAACGACUACAUCCUUGGCCAGGGUGGUUUUGGUCAAGUCUUUAAGGGUGCCCUACAUGGUGAAAUCCUUGCUAUUAAGAAACUUAACUAUUUCCAAGAACAGACCAGAGAAGAAUUGGUUCAUGAGAUUGCGAUCAUUAACAGUGUCCGUCACUGUAAUCUUGUUAAGCUGCUUGGCUACUGCAUUGAAGGAGCCAAUGCAUUGCUUGUUUUAGAGUAUUGUCUCAAUAAAUCCUUGAGAUUUCAUUUACAUGGAGGAGGAAAGGAGAUUUUGGAUUGGCCAACAAGAAGGAAAAUUGCCAUAGGCUCUGCAAAAGGAUUGGAAUAUCUGCAUGAGCACUCAUCUCCCAAGAUUAUUCACAGAGAUAUCAAACCAGAUAACAUUCUUCUCGAUAUUAAUUUUGAACCAAAGAUUGCCGAUUUUGGACUUGCCUUAUUUUUUCCAGAUACUGUUACUCAUCUCUCAAGAUCAAUUGCGGGAACUGAAGUUUAUAUAGAUCCAGAGCAUUCCGGAAGGAUAUCUAGUAAGUCAGAUGUUUAUUCUUUUGGCGUGGUGCUUCUAGAACUUAUCACUGGAAGAAAACCUAAAUAUCAAGGCAUUGACAUCGUUAGUUGGGCAAAAACUCGAAUUACACAAGCUUUGAAUGGACAAUAUAUAGACUUUGUUGAUUCAAAUUUGCAAAGCUAUGAUAGAAGUGAAAUGGAAUGGAUGAUUUCUUGCACUGCAGCUUGUGUUUAUAAUCCUUUUAAGUCUCGCCCGCAAAUGAAAGAGGUAGUUCGAGUUCUUGAAGGAUAUAGUCCUGCAAAGGAUAAGGCUGGAACUCUGUUUAUUGGAUGAGCGGUCUCAAGUUCACGACCCGAACAUCUUUUCUCACCAAGCAACCUAUCAUUUCCCUCAUUCUUUUUGACUUAAGAUUGUUUUAAAUCUAGUUAUUAAGUGGAUGAACAAUCGAAUGGUUUGGCAUCUGAGAGUUUUAGCAUGAAAUUAAUGGUCUUAUGAAUUUAGCAUAUGGUUGGAGUUUUUGAAAAAUACUCUUGUAUUGUGUGUUACGUCUGCAGAUUCUUGGCUAUAUGUCUAGUUCUCCCAUGCAUGCUAAGAACUUUGUAAAAAUUCAUCUAGAUUUGAUUUUCUUUUAA